CUUGAUUAACAGUACACGUUCCAAAACCAGGUGCGAACUGUCUACCAUAUAUACAUCCUGCAAGUUAUAGGACUCUAGGGGACAAACAGACACUCGAAUAACUUCUAGCAGUGAGUCAUUCGUUCACCUGUCACUAAUAUGGUUGCAUGAAAUGUAACGAAGCGUGUAACAAAAUACCUAAACGUGCCUUGAACAGCCUUUUUCAGACACGCACCAGAGCAGUGUAGGGCACGAAUCUUGUUUCCAGAUUCAGACGGUGUUUUACUUGUUUGAAUGAUGGCCAUUCUAAAUCGAAAAGCCAGUUUGAUUGUUUUGGCAGUUAAUUUUGCGGUUGUCGUGAUAUUGUUGGUUUUCCAUUCACAUACGUCUUAUCACGAAGCUCAGCUUCAUUUGUGUCCUACUGUCCCUGUUGGUGUUGACGACACUUGGAUCAAUGACAUCAAAGAGACAGAAUCAAUGUCAGCCGAUGAGAUCUACAGAUAUUUGCACUGGACCAACAGCACUUCUUGCAAAACUGCUGUCGAUUUUGGGUUCUGGAUCCUAAACGAUGGCGGCGUGAUCGCACCUGAUGGUCAUAAAGCUGUUUGCCUUGAUCAGUCAAUUUCUCCGGUUUUCAACAAUUGUCUUGUCUAUUCCUUCGGUAUCAACAACCAGUGGACGUUUGACGAAGACAUGGCCGAGUUCGGCUGCCAAGUUUACUCCUUUGAUCCAUCAAUGAACGUUGGUAAUCACGAUCGAAGUGAGCGCAUUCAUUUCUACGAUUUCGGUUUGGAUGGCAAAAACAGAUUGCAUCCUACAACAGGAUGGAAAAUGAGAACCGCUUCGACCAUUUAUCAGAUGCUGUCGAGUCAACACGGUGCCACGACGCUGGUCGACGUCCUGAAAAUGGACAUUGAAUUCUCCGAAUGGAAUGCCAUUCCAGAAAUGUUGCAAUCCGGUUUUCUUGCCGACAAAGUCAAACAGCUGGCCGUCGAGAUUCAUUUCAAUCCUGAUGAUCCCUUGGAAGCUUUCCACCAUCGGGUUCAAAUCCUCAGGAAUCUAGAAGCCACAAGUCAAAAUCAGGCUGGGGGAUUUGUUCGAUUCAGUUCACGUCCGAAUCCGUGGCUCAAGCGUCCUUUGAAGGUAUUAGGAGGCAGGGAAGACUAUAUUGGACUGGAACUGGCCUGGUACAAUUCCAAAUACUAUUAA